UCAGAGACUGGGCAGUUUGGCUGAGCUCAGCCCUCUGCCAAGGCCACACUCUCCAAACCCAAGUGUCUCAGCCAAGAAAGGCGUGUCUUGUGGGGUGGGACUGGUCCAUGUGGGCAACUCAAGUUCUGGGGAGGGCUGGGAUCCCAUAGAAGAAGCUCUUUGCCUAGAGCCAUGUCUGUCUCCCCCAGAACUGACCCCUCAGAAGGGCCACCUCCUGAGAUCCACAGAGAACGCAUCCCCAGACAGUGAGCGCAGCUUGGGAGGCACCAGCCCUUCAAAAAAUGUCAGCACCUUCUCAGAGCCCUGUGUUGCCAAACGUGUGUGUGUCUAGAGAAAACUUCAGCAGAACACUGACAUGGUCAUUUUCUUGGCCAUCUUCUUCAGGUUUAAACGCAUCUCCUGCCCAUUGUACCGGGGUGUGAUUUCCUGCCGGUCUUUUUAUUUGAUCAGCAGACACAGAGGCCACACUCGUCGAGGCCAGGGCAGUCUUGGCCGAAGAAAACUCACUAGGCAGAGACGGGAUGCAAAGAUGGCCUUACACCCACAGGCCGGAAGGCCUCAUGGCCGUCACAGAGAUGGAAGUGAGGCACAAGCUGAAGCUACAGCCCAGGAUAUGGGGAGGCUUCCUUCCCCAAGCAAAGUGGGUGCAGCUGUCUGUCCCAUUCAAGGGCUGGGACAUCGGGCUGCUCGAAGACCCCGAAGGGGUAUAGGGACUACAUCUGCCUCAAGGGUUCCUCGCCCCGGUGCCCUUAUGCCUGCAACACGAAACCGUCCAAGAUUCAUCCACUGCCGGGGUCAGCCCCCUCGAACCCGUGUCAGCUCCAAGAGAUCCAAACGAUCCAGGAUCCAUCAGUGCCACACUGAGGUGCCAGGCUGGACCCAUGAGAAACGGAUGGGGAGCAGCAUCGAGGAAGGGCUCCGGCCUGAGCUAAGUCAGCUGGACCAAGAUGCAGGUGGGGCUUCUGACAGCUGGGAGGGGCAGGAAAAAACCCUACUGAGCCAGAAACCGGGGCUCAGUACCCACCUACCCACAGACGACCUGGAGGAAGAAGAAGCUGCCAGACUCCCAGUGACCUCCCCGGACGGGCUCCUGAUGGAAGGAGACAAGCAGCCCAAUCCCAGUCAGGGCCCUUUCUUCUACAUCGGAGGCACCAAUGGAGCAUCAAUAAUCAGCAACUACUGUGAGAGCAAGGGAUGGCAACGCACUCAGGACAGCCACUGUGAGGACUACAAGCUAAAGUGGUGUGAGAUCAAGUGCAGGGACAACUACUGCAACUUCCGGGAAGGCCAGCAGUUGCUGUUCCAGCUCCCCAACAACAAGCUGCUUACGACCAAGAUCGGGUUGCUCAGUGCUCUGCGGGAGCAUGCACGCACUUUGAGCAAAGCCAGGAUGCUGCCCAGUACCCAAACCAAGGUCCUGAAAAUGGAAGAGUUUUUUCCAGAGACCUAUCGGCUGGACAUCAGGGAUGAGAGGCAGGCUUUCUUCGCUCUAUUUGAUGAAACCCAGAUGUGGAUCUGCAAACCUACGGCCUCCAACCAGGGAAAGGGAAUCUUUCUGAUCAGGAGCCAGGAGGAGGCUGCUGCCCUGCAGGCCAAGACCCAGAGCAUUGAGGACGACCCCAUCUACCGCAAGAUGCCCUUCCGUGCACCACAGGCGCGAGUGGUGCAGAGAUAUGUCCAGAACCCGCUGCUGCUAGAUGGGAAGAAGUUUGAUGUGCGCUCCUACAUGCUCAUUGCCUGCGCCAUGCCCUACAUGGUCUUUUUUGGCCAUGGCUAUGCCCGCCUCACCCUCAGCCUGUAUAACCCUCAUUCCAGUGACCUCAGUGGUCAUUUGACCAAUCAGUUCAUGCAGAAGAAGAGUCCCCUGUAUAUGCUGCUGAAAGAGAGCACUGUGUGGAGCAUGGAGCACCUCAACCGAUACAUCAAUGACAAAUUUAGGAAGACCAAGGGCCUCCCCAGAGACUGGGUCUUCACCACCUUCACGAAGCGGAUGCAGCAGAUCAUGUCCCACUGCUUCCUGGCUGUCAAGUCCAAGCUGGAGUGCAAGCUGGGUUACUUUGACCUCAUUGGCUGUGAUUUCCUGAUAGAUGAAAACUUCAAGGUGUGGCUGCUGGAGAUGAACGCCAACCCUGCCCUACAUACCAAUUGUGAAGUCCUGAAGGCAGUGAUCCCUGGAGUGGUUAUGGAGACCUUGGACCUGGCGCUUGAGACCUGCCAAAAGAGCUUGCACAGUCAGAAGAUGCUGCCUCUGCUGUCACAGCGUCGCUUUGUGCUCCUUUACAACGGCGAGACUAUGGACUUGUGGCCGCGCUUGGGGAGCUCGCGCCCACUUACCCGCUUGCCUAACUCUAACCCUAACCCUAACCCUAACCCUCCCCGGCCUACCUGUGAAGUCGCAUCCUCUGCGCUUUCCGCACCACGUGCCACUAUCUCAGACCGGCCUGGUGCACGAAAGUUGAUACCUUCCAGGGGAGCUCCCAUAUGUGCCCCCCGCAAAUCGCAGCUGUCUGACGGCUCCAUAGCGGAAUCUGAGCCCUCUCUCUGUUCUGGGCCCCCGGAAGGCAGCAGGGACACAGCCGGGGAACCCUCCCUGGGGCUGCCCGAGGAAGAGCGCGAGGAGGAACAGAGAAGCACGAGCCAUCGAGGCUCCUAGCAGCCACAAGCAUCCAGUGGCCCUGCACCUUGCUGUGCCCUCUCCGGGAACUAUAAAAGCUACUUUGUGACAAAUGCAACCUCCAGAAGCCUGUCCCACCUGGGCACCCCCAAGCCCUUCUCUCCCCACUUCUCUAUUUGCUCCUUGGUUGUCCUUAGAGGAAGGAGAAGGAAGCAUGCAGAAUGGGAAUGAGUCCUUCAGGAAGGGAAAAUCCCCACUGACCUCUUUCCUUCUCUGGGUCAGCCCACCAAAUCCUGGGUCCCCAUGUGUGGCUCUGUGUUACUCAUUCUAUAGGAUCCUCCUGAAACUCCAUGGCCUUCAUGACCUCUGCAACCUGCCACUGGGUCCCACCCACUGUUCCAUGGAGUCCCUAGGAAAGGUCUUGGGUGCCCAUGGAACUCUGGAAGCCCCCCACCUUACCUCAUUACUAUUCUGGUCCAUCCUUACCCUGCCCAACACCUUUCUUCUGGCCUUUCACUUUGUGGAAUACUGUCUAUAGCCAAAGCCCCCAUUUCCCUAUAAAUGCCCUGGACCUGUCAGGCAUUAGCGGCACAAAGGAGUUGGCUAUGACAGGGCAGUUCCCAGGAAUGACGACUCUAAACUGUUAUUAGUGAUUAGUGCAUUCUCUAAUGUUCGUGCUCCCAGUUAGCAUGGGGGGGGGUAGCAUGGGGGUUUGAAAGGAGAACUCUGACCAUCUCAAACCUCUGAGGUGUCCACGUCUUACACCAAAGCAGCCAGGACACUACCUAUAAGUCCAUCCAGCCAAACCCUGUCCUACAAAACUCUAGAGAGGACCACCCACAGAUUUCCAGAAGGUCCUUCCCAGCUUGAAUCCUCUCUUGCAUAUCCAAGGUGGCAGAUGCCUCUUCCUUGCCCUCCCUUCUGACCUUUAGUUAGUCCUAAACAUCAAAACCUAGCUCUACCACAUGUGGGAGGAGUGCCAGACUAGUCCCUGUUCUUUUAAUUAUUUUUAUAUCUAAUAAGAUAUAAAAAUUAUUUUUAUAUCUAAUAAC